CAGGGCUAUAAAGAAACAUGUGUGUCAAAUCAAAAGUCUGACAUUUCAGUGUAAACACACACACAAGCAAUUAAGCAUCAAAGGGAAAAAAGGUAGGUCAAACAAAGCGCCCCCCCCCCAUAGGUCUACUAUUAAACAGCAACAGGCUCUUCAUGUUCAAAUACACAAACCAAAGCCAUCUCCAGGGCAACAGACGUGUGAAGAAUCCAGUCUGAAAAUGGCUUGGGAAAAACGUGCGUGUUUUGUCUCAGCAAGCACACUAGUAGUGAGUGGUGAUAAUGUGGCUUUGUCACUGUGAAUAAGUAACGUUAUGUGAGUAAUGCUAAUGAGCCUUCGUCAAGUCAAAUAGUUCUCCCCCUUGCUCUUUUUGAACUACUUUCGCACAUCACCCUCCCUCUCCAUCCUCUGCACUGAAAUCCCCCUUUGACUACUUGCUCGGUUUCUAACAUUCCUCUGUCUCUUACUCGCCCUCCCCUUCAUCUCUCCCACUCCUCUCAUUCCGUGGCUGGGCCAGUCAGGCCUGGGGCAAUGUGGCAGAGAGAGCAGUCCCAGUCAUCUCAGCUUCUCUCUGGGCAAGAUGAAGACUAUCUACACAACAGGCAGACACACUGUCAGAGCUGGGAGCAGCUCACACACACAUUUAUAUGCACACGCGUUGACUGACUUACACACACACUUCAGCAUCUAACCACAAAGCAGCUGACCUUACAACAAAGCAGCACAAAGGAGAGUGAGGUGAAAGGAGAGGAGACAGCACUGAGUCAGAGGAGAACAGUGAGUAACUCUGCUGGAACAGUCCAGAGGACAGGAGAACAGGAACAAGUGAAGAGGACAAUUACGCAGUAUAGAGAGGAGAGAAAGAGGACCAUUUGAUUGCUUACAGACGGAUAGCAGAGUCCAGCCAGAACCAGAGAAUGGAGACCUCACGGACAGACCCAUGGAGACAGAGUCCUGGAGAUGGUACUCUGUGAGACGCCUGCCUUGAUCUCUCUAUAUCACUCUGUCUACAUCUGGCUCAUCAUUGCAGCAUUCAACAUAGCCACAGCACUCCUCCGCCAUGCCCCUGUUCAGCUGGAUGAAAUGGUUGCGUGCUGAACGAGAAAAGGCGCAGGAUGAAGGGGCGUCCACAGGGUUAUCACCCAGCUGCACACUGAUCAGGGAGCUGCUCUGGCACGUGGAGGAGAGGGAGUGCAUGGUGCGGGAGGUGGAGCAGGAACACAAGCUGACCCACAACACCACAGGAUACCCCCACUGGCUCCACAGCUACCCCAGUUUACGCACGCUAAUCCCCGCAUCGGAGCGCCGCCAGCUGGAGCACUUGUGUGCCCAGAUCCACCCUAUGCACACCGCUACAGUGCUCUCCAGGUUCCGUGACGUGCUGGCCAGCAACAAGAUCCUGCCCUGGGAGCUUGUGUACGUCUUCAAGCAGGUGCUGAGAGACUUCCUCAAUAAAGAGGAAGGGGAAGAAGAGGAGGAUCACAUGCCGGAGCCAGAACUGCUUGGGCCAAUGGAGGCCUGGAACAACAGAUACCAAAUGAAGCAGGGAUUUGUCACACCUACUGUGCCCAACUGUGGUGAGCCCCAGAGAGAAGAGAUCCCAACCAUCUCUGGCUAUGUGGACCGUACCAUGAGAGGCUCUUAUCCUUUCACUGCCCAUAGGGUCUGGGACCUUCCCUACUACUACCCAGUGCCACACAACUCCACAGAAGCCUACAGCACCCCACUGUGAGAGCGGGUGGGGUGGUAAAGUAGUACCCAACUCAUGACCUUACUAGCUUCUAUCCUUGUUAGGUCAUGACUGAAAGAGUUGUCAUCUUAAAAAAACAUGUUACAGAUUCAUUUUAAUUAAUGGGACUGCAACAAAAUCUUGCCCUGGACCAGCACUUGCAUGGGGGCAGAUUCAUACAUACAACAAUAGAUACUGCUAGCUAACUGGACUAGGGGUGCAUCUCAAUAGACUACUCGGUUACUCUAGCUACUUACUGUAACUUAGAAAGCUACUUAAUUGCACUGGUUUAAUAAAUCAACCCGUGCCUAGGAAUUUUGGCACCUGGCUAGUUAGCUACUUUACUGUGUUAGUAUUACUGUAGUAGCUAAAUAAUGCUCAUAUUUACUGAAAAGUAUGUAGCUAGCUAUGUACCUAACUAAAGCAACGUUCCUUUCAUAUAUUAGCUAGCCAGCCAACAAAUGUGGACAUGUGUGAAAGUUUCUAGGUUCCAUCCAAUUGGCAAAAGAUUCCCACCAGAUUUUUCUACCAAAUUGUAUUGUUUUUUUAUUUGUAUUAUUAUUAUAUAUUUUUUUAUAAACAACAAAUCAAUACAUAAAGCACAUGAAGGAACACAAGCAUACAUAGAUUACAAACCAUAGACAAUCGAUCUAGGGGGUACAAUAUCACAUUACAAUUACACUUAAGGGACAUGCAUAUACUUACAAUUCUAACAAUUCUAACAGCUUUUUUGUUAGUAGAGCAUUUAACCGUCUUAAAAUACAGUUCAAUUUCUUUUUUGUAGGGUACGAAAAUGUGGUUUUCUGUUUGUAAAUUUACAUUUGUGUAUAUGAAAUUUGGCCAAAAGAAUAAUGCAAUUAAUUACAUAAAAAUGUUUCCGCUUAUUUCUAUUGUAUGUAAAGAAUCCAAACAGUACAUCUCUCCACAAUAGUGUCAAAUCUUCAUAAAUGUGUUCAAUUAUAAACCUACUGAUGUCUUGCCACAGUUUUCUUACAUGCAUACAAUGCCAAAAAAGAUGCAAAACUGUUUCUGGGUGGUCAUUACAAAAGGAGCAAUUUGAGUUGAUGUUUUCCUUAAACUUCUUCAUAUAGUGGUUGGCAGGAUAAUAUUUAUGAAUAAUUUUAGAGGAAACUUCCUUAAUUUUGUUAACAAGUAGGUAUGUGUGUGGCAACAUCCAAACUUUUUUCCAACAGAUAUUAUCAAUAAAUCCAUUCCAAUAAGGCAUGACAUAAGGUAUAGAUACAACAUCCUGCUGAAACAAGGAUCGUAUCACUCUGUUGUUGAAUGGACCAAAAGAGAAACAAAUCUUUCCUACUGAUGAGUCAACAGGGUCAAUAGAAGGUAGGCUCUGAGGGUCAGGUCUUAACAUGCCCACACCUGAGGGAAUGGCAUCUAAAACAAUUGCAAAAUCUUUAGGUGUUACAGGGACAUUGUAAAGUGAUAAGAAUUCUUUAUAACUGAGUAAAAGACCCUCUGCAUUUACCAGUUGGCUCACCAAUAGGAUAUUAUUUCAGAACCAAUAUUCUAAAAACAGAGAGGUAUUUUUAUACAAUAUAUCCCGAUUAUUCCAUAUAUAAUAUCUGUGUGGAGAAAAUUUGUGUUUAUAAAUUAAGGACCAUGACAAGAAAACCUGCAGAUGAAAAGCAGAACGUUUCACUGGAACUUUGUCAAUAUUAUAAUUGCAAAACAACAUGAGGUUAAGGCCACCAAAAGUAGAGAAGACAUGAUGAGGAAUACAAUUCCAGAUAGAAGUGGGUCUUCUUAGGAAUUGUUUUAUCCAAUUGAUCUUAAAAGUAUUAUUUAAAGUAGUAAAGUCCAGAAAAUUCAGUCCACCAUUCUCAUAAGUGUUCAUUACAACAGUUUUCCUAAUGUAAUAGGUACGGUUUCUCCAAAGAAAGUUGAAAAGCAUCUGGUCUAUCUCCUUGCUUAUUUUACUGUCAAGAUAUAAAGAUAGAGCACCAUAUGUUAGUCUAGAGAUACCUUCAGCCUUGGUUAUUAGGAUUCUACCUUUUAAAGAUAAGUCCCUCUGUAGCCAUUGAUUUAGUUUAUUCUGUUUUUUUAAAUAAGAUGGUUAAAAUUUAGUAUGCCUCUAGACUUCUGAUCCUUUGUAAUGGUUAUGCCUAAAUAUGUAAGUUCUUCUUUUACUGGAAUACCAUAAUAUGAAGGUGUCACACAAUCUUUGACAGCUAUGAGUUGUAAAUUGUAUUGUUGCCGCCAAAAGCCUGUGUGUAAUGACGUAGUGCACAUACAAAUACAUUGUGUGGUUCAAUUCCCAAGUACCGAAUAAAAAAUACAAGUGAAA